AUGUUUGGCGAUGCGGGUCAUUGUGGUGCAGCAAAAAUUUGUUUUCACGAUUUAGAAAUUCAUGUUCCAGCAUUUAAACCAAAAGCGCAAUUAAUGGCCGCCAUUAAUAUGGCUAUGAUUCAAAAAGGUAAAGAAGCAAAAUAUUAUGUUCGCCACCACCGCUAUGUACCCGUACCCGUUUCAAUGGGAACUCGUAAAAUUGUAAAAAAUGAUCUUUUGACGGGUGCCCGACCUACAGGAAUGUUUGUGUAUAUUCGUACACAAACACGAUAUAAUGGCGCGCACACACUGUAAAUCCAAAUCGAAUGAUUUUUCCCCAUUUGGAAUUUUUGGGUGUUAAAAUUAACGAAGCUUUUAUUGAACCCACUAUUGAAAAUUCUCGUGAAGCAUAUAUUAAUUUACGUUGUGUUUUGAAUCGUACCCACGAUGAAAUGCCAUUUAAUUAUGAUGAUUAUUUAACAGAUUAUGGCUUUAUUGCUCUUGAUUUAACUGAAAACAAAGACAGUUACAAUCAAAUACUACCCAAUACUACCAGCGGCAUUGUUAGCAUUGAAGUACGUCUUUCCCAAGACCUUGCAGCUAAUAGUCAAUUGAUAGUUAUUGGUGAAUUUAGAAAUCAAUUAUCUUGUGCAUACCAAAUGGAAGCACGUUUAAAAUUCGCGUAUUAA